UUCACAGCACUAACAAAAAAGAUACACAGCGGCAGAAGUGCAGAAGCAUGAAUGUGGAUGUGGCCAAACCUGGAGCAAAGACUGGCAUCAUAGGUCCACUCCUAGCCGUUGGCCCUGGCUCCCCACCUAAGGCUGUACGAAAGUUCAAACAGAGAAACACCCGCCAGUUCAAGAGCAAGCCCCCUAAAAGGGGGGUCAUUGGCUUUGGAGAGGAGAUCCCAGGAAUGGAAGGGCUUGGCACUGAUAUCACAGUAAUCUGCCCAUGGGAAGCGUACAGCCACCUAGAGCUGCAUGAACUAGCUCAGUAUGGCAUCAUCUGAACCUCUUCUCUGUGAGAUUAUCGUCAUAUUUACCAAAGGGAACCAACAGGGCAAAUUCAACUGGAAUUUGGAACUUGGAUUAUGAAUACAAGAUACUUUUGAGUGCAAACCUCCCACAAAUAUGUAAUAUGUUAAAUGUGAUAUGUGCCUGCAUAUUGUUGUUUAUUUUGUU